CAGAGGGUUAAAAAGUUGACGUCUAGCUAAGUAGCCUACUGAGUUCCUUUACAGGCGCUAAGUCUGAAGAGCACUUCAAAGAGAGAUUCGCACAUCAUCACACAGUCACUCACCAAUCAAACCACAGGCAAACAAACUAAGAUGUUGAGCUUUUUGUAAUCGAUUUAUUCUACUUGGAGGCGAAAUAAAACUUUAAUCAGAACAAAGUGCCGUAAGCAAGACGACACGAAACGAGACGGUCCAUAUCGCGCUAGACGAGCGAGGAGUCGCGUCCGUCCAUCAAGCAGGAUGCUGCGAGGACUCGCACCUUCAUACUGAUCGGACGCGCGUCGAGAGCCGUCGCUGCAUUUACUCGGAAACUACUUUUAAAUAAAACCAAGACUUUGUUCUUCCGAACACAACAUUUGGCAAUAUCAAAGACGUCCGUGGGACUUUCUUCAGUUACAACGUCACUUUUCAACAUGAUCAACAUAUUUUGUCAAGGGUAGUUAAUAGCAAUGGCACUUUUUUGUCCUGAACCCUGUGAACUGGAUAUUUGCCUCUUCCACCUCAAGUAAAAGUCGAAGAUCAUUCUCUAUAGUCAAGAUGCAGUUUCUUUCAGCUCUUCUGCUGCUUUUGUGUUUGCACAAGUUUUGUUGGAAGGUGACGUGCAGAAGAGUCCAGAUUCCUGAGGCAGGCCUCGCGAAAUGGGGAGAAGCUGAAAAUGAGGAGAACCCCUCCCCCAAAAGCGUCAGCCCUCGCAUUCUCAACCCCCUGCGCCUAUUCGCCCGGGGAUCCCCAGGGCUCAAGGGCGACAUGAGAGAGAUAACGUAUUUGGAAAACAUAGAGGACUCCUGGGACUGGUUAUCUAACCAGACAGAUGUUAGAGAAGGGAAGAGCAGGACUAGACGCAGGCCUAUCGUUAAAACUGGCAAGUUUAAAAAAAUGUUCGGCUGGGGAGACUUCAACUCCAACAUCAAGACUGUGAAAUUAAACCUCCUCAUUACAGGGAAGAUAGUGGACCAUGGAAAUGGCACAUUCAGUGUUUACUUCCGACACAACUCCACGGGCCUGGGGAACGUCUCCGUCAGUUUGGUGCCACCUUCCAAGGUGGUGGAGUUUGAGAUCGCCCAGCAGUCGACGCUGGAGACCAAAGACUCGAAAUCGUUUAACUGUCGUAUUGAGUAUCAGAAAACCGAUCGCAGCAAAAAGACAUCGCACUGCAGCUUUGAUCCGUCCAACGUGUGUUACCAAGAGUCCACCCAGAGCCACGUCUCCUGGCUCUGCUCGAAACCCUUCAAAGUCAUAUGCAUCUACAUCGCCUUCUACAGCGUUGACUAUAAACUGGUACAGAAAAUCUGCCCAGAUUACAAUUAUCACAGUGACACACCAUACGCCUCCACGGGUUAACUUUCGGUCAAUACGAGCUUGGGUCUUCAACAGUGAUGUUUCUGAAAAUCUAAACAGAGCAUGGUUCAUCCCUUUACUACCUGGUGGCAUCAAACUUCAUUUUAACCUUGUGUUUUAUCUGAUUGGACAAUAUUUUACUUGCAAAAUAAUUAAAUAAUUUAUUUUUGGCCUUUAAACAAAACACCAUUCUAAACUCUAAAAAAUGCUGCGUUGUUUGAAUCCAUGGUUGAGUAAAAUAUGGACAAACUCAACCGUUGGGUUAAAUUAAUUUAGAAAAUGUCCAUAUCUGAAACAACCCUAGAUUUUUUUGCAGUUCAGUUUGGCCUAUGGAAAGUCACUUAAAACAUUUCUGCUCCUUGUCAAACUACUAAAUCUCCAGGAUAGAGUAUAUACGCAAAACAUCUUUCAUUGUGAGGUUUGUGUGUGUGUUAGUACGUACAGUAUGUGUGUUAUAUUAUGAGAUUUGGCCUCUCGUUUCACUGUUGUUUAGCACUAAAUUGUUAAAACUUUUUCAAUGUGAAGAGCACCCACGGCGGGUUAAAUUAGAGGUACAAUUGGGUCGAAUCAUUUAGCAAAGACAUCACAUACAAAUUACUCUUAGUCAUUUCGUAUUUCACAAAAGAUCUAUGUAUGAAUUGAAAUUUGUGUUUAAUUUCAAAGAGUAAUUUGCGAUGUCUCACGAGAGCACAAUUCAUCGGACAGGUGGAUUUAGUGAAUCUGGCAGCCGGUUAACAACCCUUUGUCAUGGUCUCGCCACAGAGAUCCACAUUUCCAGGCUCUAAUUAACAUUAAUUAUAGUGGGAAAUUUCAUUUACAAACCAUGACAGAUGGGACAGAAGCCAAAAACUGAAAUUUAGCACGUCACUCAUAGCUCUAUUCACACUUGUGACUUUGGGCUGGAAUCGAACAUGAGGGUAUUUUUCAUUUGAAACAGUGUAGAAAGACAUUGAACUAACAUACUAUGGUGUUUUUCUUUGCAUUAUAGUCUACAUGUCACAAUGAACCAGUUGAAAUGCCAUAGUCUGAACAUCAGAACUGGACUUCUCAGGUUCCAUGUGUUUUCUGCAAAUAGAUUUUAAUAGACGUUCCAAUUUAUUUCAUUCCUGGCAGUACCACAAAAUCAGAGGGAUAAUUGUAUGGAUAAAUCUGCACCACUGUCUUGCCAAACGUGAUUUAACAUCAAGAAAAUGUUGAUAUAAAGAUAGUUGUUUAUAACUGUAUUUAGUUUAUAAUUCAGUGUGCAAUUUUGUGAAUAGUGUAUAAAUGUGACAAUAUAAAAGCGUGUGUAUUUUGACUUUCACAGAUAAACUAGUUUCUUUUAUCUGUUAAUGCAGUGUAAAAAAAACUUUUCCUACCUUAGGUGUUUGAAGGUUAUAUCAGAUAAAUGUAGAUUUUAGUCACGUAGCUUGUCAAAGCUUUAAUUUAAAAUCAAACUGCAAAUUGUGAUUUUGUCUGUCCUCAAUAUCUCUGUAAAAUACAAGAAAACGAAGGAAAAUGCC